AUGUCAACUUUUCGUGAUCGCUCUAAUGAAUCUUCUAAUUACAAGAUUCAUAUUAGUGGAGACAAAUAUUCUUUUUGGUUAAAAAGUUUGACAGAAUACGUUCAUACUAGCAAACUUGUAUCAUUAUUUGUUGAACGAUUUAGAAAAAAUGCUACUCCAUCUCCUCCAAAACCACCAGAAAAAUCUUUUUUUUCUUGUACUAUUGAAGAAGUUCUUUGA